UCUCUUCUCUCCCCCUCUCUAUAGCUGCCCAUUUUCCUCCCCUUCUACACCGUGACUCCUACAUCUUUCCCUUUUCUCCUCUUCUCCUUUUGUGUCACGUAGUGGAGAGAUGCAUCUCCUGUCUGUCAGGAAAAAGGCAGCGAUACUAAACGAGAACAAAAACACUCAGUGGGAUUUGUUAUUUUCGCCCCUCUCGCUUUUUAGUUAAAUGACAGUCAUUUUUUUUAUCAUAUCACCUCCUCCUUCCUUUUCUAUACUGUGCUGCUUCACAGAUUUCCACCGGCUAAUCUCACCCUAUAGGACGGCUUUGAUUUUUAUCUGUGGCUGAGUGCCACUUCGAUGCUGCUACACUAUGUGAGCCCACAUUUGCCAUCCCUCCCUAAACCUAUCACAGUGUGGGAAGUAAACGUGUGCCACCUAUGAAGUCAGCAGUCCCCCAACCCCCACCCUUAACACAUGUUCAGCAUCCUCUGGGCAGCACUGAGACACAGCUGAGAAUUAGAGACAGAGAGAGGGAGAGAGAGAGCAGUGAAGUGGAAAUAUGGGUGAGCGUCAGGGAAAGACAGAAAUAGAGCAAUAAAGCAGUGAAUUUAGUCAGAGAGAGAGAUAGAGAGAGAGAGUAGAGGAGGAGGAGGAGGAGGAGGAAUAGAGACAGUCUCUUCUCAGAGGAUGUGAUGCUUUGUGCAGCCAAGGCUGUAUUUGUGUGUGUGUGGAUGUAAGAAUCGCCUCGGAUUAGCUGCCACCCCAGAGACCUGCACGGUGGACUUGUUUGCAUACGGAUCCCAAAACAGCAGCAGACAGAGGAUGCGACAGCAGCUGGACACUGGGAUCCAUGUGGGCCUGUGACGUCUGCACUCGCCUCCGUGGUCGCCUGUUGUCAUCCGCUUGUGAGAAUGGCUCCAGCAGCAGCAGCAGCAGCAGCAUCAUCAUCAUCAUCAGCAGCAGCAGCAGCAGCACUGACCCAGAUUGUGGCACACGGUCGGUCUGUGAACGCGAUGCAGUCGAGACGAGCCCCACACCUCGGCAGUGACCGCUCAGCCCGCUGCGUCUGCUGACAUCUGUCUCCGUGGAUACGCACAACCACUGGCGGGCGACGCCGCAGAGGCUGAUCCAUAAUAAUAAUCCCAGCUGGAGAAAAACAACAUCUGGGUGUGGAGAGAAGGGAGAGGGAGAAGUCUCAGUGGGUGGGGGGUGGGGGUGCGGUGGUACGGCAGAUGGUGACACUGCAGCAGCACUUCUCCAGCAUGGAGGAGACAGUACAAACACUACUACAGAACCAGGACUCACUGGACGGCCCCAAGGUCGACCCACUGGACCUCAUGAAAGCAUACAAGGACAAACUCUUAGAGGAAAUGUGGAAGCAGCAGGACAAUCUGGAGGCUCCUGCAGCCGCGGCAGCAGACGUGCCCGCCUCGCCCGAGGCCAGCGGUGGAUCUGAGGAGAAUUCAAAGGACAGCAAUCCCCUGCUAGAGCGACUCAGAGCCCUGGAGGCGGAGAAUUCUGCUCUGUCGAUGGAAAAUGACAAUCAGAGGAAGCAGUACGAGCGCUGUCUGGACGAGGUGGCGAACCAGGUGGUCCAGGCUCUUCUCACACAGAAGGACUUGAAAGAGGAAUGUGUGAAGCUGCGGACGCGCGUGUUUGACUUGGAGCAGCAGAACCGCAUACUGAGCGUGCUGUUCCAACAACGUGUCAAAAUGUCCACGAGCCCCGUCUCCCAGGAGGUCCAAAGAAAUGGAAAAGCGAGUAUUCCUGCGGGAAGGUGGCCCAGCCUGCUGAGCCUGACUUGCCCACGCAGUAGCGGCAGUGGCAGUGGGAGUGAUCUGUCACUAUCCAGUGGUUGUAGUGAGUACUCCAGUGGCUCCCAUACAUGGGCAGAAGGACGUGGCUUCUCAAAGCUGUGCGCUGCAAGCCGGGACAAAAGGCUCAGUACUGGCUCAGUAUCCAGUAAUCAUUCAGCACCCUGUGCACAGCAGACAGAGCUUGGAUGGAAAGAAGGCCACAUUCUGAAAGGCCUGAAGCAUCUCCAAAUGUGCAGCUCGAAGGAAAUGUCCUCAAAUGCAUCAAAUGCACCACACUGCAAAGAUUGUAUGACCUCAAAUGAGGGCAUAUACUCGCUUGGUGUUAAGUGUUUCCCACCGGGGGCUACAGCCAAACAAGUAGCUCCUAUGAGUAAAUCUUUUAAAGCUGGAGAAAGGAUCACUGCACUGGACUCUGAUGAUGCAGAUGACGAAUCAGCUAAAUUAAAAAGAAGGGAUUCUGGUGAUCAACCAACGAAUGAGCUUCUGUGCUUGGAAAAACUAGCUGUCACUAGGGAUGACGAUGGCAAUUUGCUUGUCGACCCAGUGAAACUUUCUGAAACUUCCGGUCUUUUUCCUUCACCUGUGAUGGACAACUUCUUAUUUUUGGAAGGUCCCACAGUAAAACCUGGUGUAAGCCCGACAGAUACCCUUGCACACAGAGAGGAAAAAAAUGAAGACUCACUAGAAAAAAACAGAGCGUCAAGCAUGAAAUUCAGUGACAGGAACAAUAACCACGAAAAGUCUGCUGAUCGUAAAUCCAGACUUGAUCUCGUCAAGAGACAGCAGGGCAAAUAUGCCAUCAAGCAAAUAGAAGACGGGACAAGAGAUGUGAACUUGUCUAUACCACAUACUGCAACUAGAGCUCUUAGCUGUGUGGACGAAGCCAGACAGCGAAGCUCCUCAGUGGAGGUUACUCACUGCAGAGACCAGGUGGCUCAAGCUGACGGUAACCAAGACAACACAAUCUCAGAAUCCCCGCAGAGGAAACCAAAACCUCAGCCAUGUGACUCGGCAAGAAAGGCUUUUAUUUUGCGAAGCAAGAGUGCAGAUGGAGGACCGGAGCAAGCAAAGCACACACAUUCUCCUCUCCAUCAAAAGCUUAUUAAGGGUCCCAGAUCCAAAGGACAGUCAAACCCUGCAGGUCAAAGUGUCCCUUGCAAAAGGACAAAUGUCAGUACAACACACACGUCAAGCAAAGGAGCAUUAGCUAAAGCUGAGAAAGAAGAGGAUAUUGUAGUAUCAAAGAGUUCCAAGUCUCUCGAGAGUGUGCAGCACUGCUCUCCCCUUGCUUCUCCUGUGAAAUAUUCAAAGACCUUCAACAAGCCACCAGGAGUCAACGAGAGCUCAGAGAGCCCCGUGAAAUUGGCUUUGCAAAUUACAAGACCUCAGACAAGCAACGACCCUGUGGAAGAGAGCAUGUAUGAUAACUUCUGCUCGCCACAAACACAACAACGCCAAGGCCAGCACAGUGAUGUGGCCCAUUCAGAGCAUACAUCCACACCCCCUCCACCACCACCAGGUCGUACUUCUUCUCUCCUACUUAGACCAAGUUGCGAGUCCUCUGGAGGUCAGGCUCAAAGCUCUUCCACUCUAAAGACACCACCAAGCACCUCAGAGCCACAGUCUUAUCAGCUUUCUCCUGCUUUGCAGCCUCAGUCCAGUUCAACAAAAGACAAUCAAUAUGUAGAACAACAAAUGGGCGCUGAAAGUAAACCACUGAAGGAUGGCCCUUCUAAUCUCUACCAUACCCACACUUCCAAGGCCACGCCUGUCUCAGGACAAGAACCUCAAGUGUCAGUGUCAAGACAGUUAUCUAUGGACAAACCUAUUAUAUGCCAUGAUGAAACUUGGGCUCCCUCAAUCCUACCAACUCAGAGCAUCUUACAAAGAUCCCAACAGAGUGUUAGUGAACCAAAACUUUCUGAAGUCUUACCACAUUUAUAUUCUAAUGUUUACUACCAUGGGACUUCCAAUAAUUCCCACAGUUCCACCUCAAGAGCUGUAAAAAUGGCUCUUCCUGUAAACGCUAGAUCUAAUGAGGCAAUCACAGGACAGGAGACCAAUCAUUUUCUUGUGUUCACAAGGCAGAACAUUGACAAUACAAACUCUACUUCGAAAAGUGUCCAGGCUUUUCAGACUUUCAUGUGUGAUCCCCAGAUGUCACAUGAAUGUGGUGCUCAUGACAAGGCCCGCAGGAAGAUUGACACCCGCUGUAACUCACUGGAUUCUGAGCCUUCAGUUUACCCUGUUGCAUCAGACAGUGGUGUGAUGUUAGACUGGGGAUUUGAUGAGGAAGGCUGGCUAUUUAAAAGAUCUGUGUCAGUUUCCACUAGACCUCUUCUUAAGCCAGUGAUGGGCAUGAAUGGGGCCAAGGCUCGUAGCCAGAGUUUUGGUGCACGCUACAUGGAUAGACCAAGCUUCAACAGAUCUGGAAAGGUCCGCACCCAGAUAAAAACACAAUCAGGGAGCUCCCUAAACUCUCUUGGUGAUGUCCUCCCAGGAAGUAUGAGUUGCUCCAGCAGCUACCAUUGUCCCAUGAAUCGAUCUCUUUUGAACAACUUCAUGAUUGAGGAAGGCCUGACAGGUCCUUCGUAUUUGGGGUCCUCCAGUGAAAGACUGCAAAGUCUUAAACUCCAGCGCGAGCAGGCAAGGCGCAUUCAAAUUGAGCAGCAGUUUUCAAGCGCCUUUGGUGAGCCAGUCUCUGAAGAGCCAGAGGGAAGUACUAUAACCACAAUUGAAGAGAAAGUGAUGCUCGGGAUAGAAGAGAACUUGCACAAGACUCAAGAACAAGAGAGAACCACUGAAGUGAAACAGAAAUCAGGCUCAACCUUGGCAAAUUGGUUUGGUUUUCGAAAGAGUAAGCUUCCUGCGCCAAGUGGCAAAAAGACUGUUCCACCUAAAGUCAAAGAGGAGAAGAGAGAACAAAAGAUUACGUCACUUCUGGGAGGAAAACAGGCAAAGUCUGACAAAAAGAGGGAGAGAAGAAAAAGUGAAGGAAAAGACUGCUCUGUCGGGAGAAGAGAGUCUCAUGAUGCAGUGCGGGCCUGCAUAUCAAUGCCAUGUCCAGGAAUGUCCCUGAAUGAGAUACAAGGACAUACGGACAUCACUGGGGACCCAAAGAUGAGCCAGAGAGCAGAGAGUGAGAAUGGAUCUACUGUGAAGAACACCAACCAGGAAGCACUCAUAGGCUCCGGCUGCAAGAUGCGAACGUUGGACAGUGGGAUUGGGACCAUCUCCCUGCCUGAAUCCUGUUCCUUCUUCUCCUCCAUACUGCAUCUCCUCCCCAAAUCCUCACCAACCCCAGAACAGUCCCUCAGUCCUCCCAGUGGCCCCGGCUCCUCCAGCGAGGACGUGUCUCCUUCCCCGUUACCCCGGUGGAGAAUCCCCGCCAGCUUUAAGGACAGAGGCCAAGUGGGGAUGCCCAACUCCCUGUCUGACUCAUCCGUGGCCCUUAUCCCGUCAGUGCCUUUCCCCACUGUGGCCUUCCUUCAGCCCAUCCAGCCCCAGUCUGAACCCAUUGUGACAUCUGCCAGUGUGUGUGAUACCCAGAGCAGACUCCCCAGACCAGCAAAAGGUGGAAUGGAACCAAAGAAGUUAACGUACAUGAAAUCGUCGAAAACUCGAGCGGCUCCGAGCCAACAGACAGAGCAGACGAGGCUUCAGCUCGCCAACUAGUUUCCGAAGUGGAAUGAGUCGUCCGGGGUCGAAGAAAACCGAACAGUCACUUGGAUUUAUCACUUUCAGUCCCCACAGUUUGGACUCUCGUGUCUUGUGUUUGUGAGGAUGAAAACUCCACAGCGCUUGGCACCGCUGGCUUCCUCAUGUGCUCGGCGUCGAGAGGAGAGACUCUGUAGCCUUUUCAGAUGUUGCAGUGAACACACUGGGAGCCAUUUUGGAGGAUGGGCAGCUCGCUGGCAUCAGCUGUGAACACCUGGUACCACUCUGCUGCAUCACUACAGUCACAUAGACACCGUUCAUUUCAUUUCACCCCUGACAACAAACACUGAGCGUUCAAAUUCAUCUGAAAGUUAGUGGCUGCACAUGUUAACUACCAUAAUCUAACUAAACUCAAGCGGUACAUGCACUAAUAUUAUUAGAGAAUGAAGUCGUAACUGUGACCCAGUGAAUGCAUGUACUGCAGAGAGUUGACACCACUGCACAGAAGUCGCUGGCAAAGCAGAAGCAGAAGAGUCUUAACGGUGCCGGUAUCGUAUUUCUCUCAACUACGUCAACAACAAAUCCAGAGUUCUCAUCUCGUUCUCUAGUCGGUCGGUGAAAACAUCACACAGUUCUUUGUGUUUACAGCACAUUAUGUCGAUUUUUGUAACACAACACAUCACGCAUGCAGUGGAAUCCCGGGGGUGAUCGUCUCUUUCCUGACUCCUCCCACCAGAUUAGCAUGAGCGGAUGACAAACAUUCAUGAAGGACAAACAACCUGAGGAAAAUCUCCUCAUUUCGCUCAUUGUAUAUCACUUACCAUCCGACUCUCUUGCAGUGUGAUGCGGCGGCAGCACUGAUCUGCAGCAUCUCCUGCACCUCUGUCGUGCACCCGUUUGCCUUUAAAAAUCAUUAAAAAACUAAAUAAUAUUAAAUUAGUUUUCAACUCUGUGCACUCAUCAGUGCUGCACAAUAAAACGUUGUUAAAAUUAAAUUAAUUGAAUCGGGAAAGUGAGGGAACUUCUUUCAUCAAAUCUGUUUUUUUUGACUCCCUGAUGACGGCUCGAGGCUGAAAAGUGUUUGUUGUAAUCGGUUCAACGUGACCACGCCACCACAUUAAAGGCAUUUUUAUUAGUUUUUAAAAGAGAGUGCCUUCCUUCCAACUUUGUUUGUACACGUUUCCCAUCCAAAGAGCACCUCUUAUUAACCUCUCAUGUGAGACCAAGAAGCAGUUUUUAACAGUUAAAUCACGGGUUUACAGGCACAGCACGAGCAGACCAGAAUCCAGAAUGGCUCCGGCAGCUGUGGUCAGUGUCGGGGGUAUUUUGUCCUUGCAGAACAAAGGUGAUGAUGUAGCUCAGUCAACGAUGUAAGAUCUUCUGUAGAUUUACUGUCGCUGAUGUAGUUUUUAGAAAGAAAAGGCACCAAACUGAUUUCCUGAGAUUCCCGAUGUACAGCACUUACAUACUACUGAUUGCAUUCAUGAGCUCUACAGCUGACAGAGCAACGUGCAACUCUUUAAAGUGUGCAAUAACUUGUUGUAUGCUCUUUUUUUUUAAAUUCACUGUUAAUAUCAACCUGCAUGCAGCCAGUUUUCUGGCGUAUUGUAACCACGAAAUGCACCGUAUGAACCGCCGUACCAGGUUAAAAACUCUUUAUGAAGUAAGGCACAUAAGCUGUAAGUAAAACCGUGUACAGUGAGGCUGACCGUCACGCCUGCAGUUACCCAGUCGUUGUUGUUUUUUUAAAACAGUGAUGAUCCCUUGAAAUGAAGCUGCACUCUGAUUUUAUUUAUUUAAAUAUCAUGCCAUAUCAUAUUAUAUUAAUCAUUAUACAGUAUAUAUAUAUAUAUAUGUUGAUAUUAUCAUAAGCUAUUUUUCCACAGUCAUGACAUCAAGACAGAGCAGUGAGUUGUUGCAUGUAACCUUGGCUGUGAAGCUCCCAGCAGGCGCAGAAUUAUCGUGGACAUUGUUUUGCAAGCUCAGGGAAAAUACAAUCUUUUAUUUUGUCUCUGAUAGAUGCUGUGGAUUAAUACGUUUAACCAUUUCACCGCAGCCGUAACAAUCCGUGUGUCACUCGUUUAUUCGUUUUUUUCAAAGUAAAAUGAAAAAAAACGGACAAUGACCGAUAUUUUGCUCAAACAAAAAAAUAAAGAAGAAAAGAUGUUCUGCCUUUGUUUUCAUCAAAAAGAGCCAUCUUCCGAGCUGGAGUGCAGGGACUGUCUACAAAGUGCAACACCCAAAAAGGAUAUUUAAAAAAAUAGAAUUCAAUAACUUUACCGUAAUAAUUGUGAAAACGUCACUUAAGUCUCCUGCAGGUCGUACUACACCACUCAGGUUUUAAAAAAAAUAACACAAUAUACACAUUGGUAUAAUUUUUUUUAAAUGAAAUAGCAAAUACAAAAUGACUUACUGACAGACAGAUAUAUAUAUAUAUAUGGAUAUUUUCUCCAUGGUCAUGUCUUCUGGUGUCAGAGUUAUCCUUUUACUUCCAGUGAAAAGCAAGAAAAUGUCAGUUUUAUGAUCCGGGAGAUCAUGUGAAGCGAAACACUUGUUUGAGCACAAUAUCAGAAAUUGGAAAAAAAAAAAGAGUCAUUAUCCAUUGUUUAUUUUGAAAAAUGAAUGAUACACGGAUUCAUAACUCACCAGAUUUCACUGUAUUCAAACUAGCUGCUAAGCUAGUGUUUUUGUCUGUACAUUUAACCGUAAACAUGUUGCACCCACUCUCUCUCUCUCUCUCUCUCUCUACUAUGUCCUUUACAGUGAUGUUUUUCAGUGUCAUGUCACUCCCGUGUAGAUAUUCUGCCAAAAUCUCAUUAUUGCCAAACACUGCUCUGAGCUAAUCACAUUAUACAGAGAAUGAAUGCAACUUAAUCUACAUAUCAGACUUGUCAUGGUGACUAUAGCCAUACUCUUUUUUUGAAGAAAUAGAAUCAGUUUACACGUGACGUAGAGCUAAAAAAAAAAAAAAAUAAUAAUAAUAAUAAAAAAGCACUGUAAAUGUUGCACAAUGCCAUUAUUAUUUAUCUCAUCUUAUUGUAGUUACCUCGUCCUGGCUCUUGCUACACGUACGCGUGAUGAGGUCAUACAUGUAAAAUGGCAGCAGACCAGUUUAAAUGAGAUAUGUAGCGUUGUACAGGUGAAGCGAGGCGGCGGUGGCGGUGGAUCAGGGAAAAAGGAUCGGCUGCACUGACAUACGGGUAGAUGGAGCAUGAUGUCUGUGUUUUUCAAAAGUGGCUCACAUAACGACGAGCGUGACUCUCGCGAGAGUAUUGUAUUUUUCUAACACGUACUCUAACGCCCUGUAUUUGUACUCAGCACUGACGAGUGUACUUUAAUAUUUAAUGCACAUUAUUGUUGCUCACUAUUACAGUAAUUCUUCCUAAAUGUAAAUGUUUUCCUCUUUUCUUUUUUUUCUUUUGCCCAUUAAUAACAGUGAUGUUCCCGUGUGACAGUCAUCUUAGCAGUUACCCUUCCUUCAAGAAUUGUAUAUUACUGAUAUUCUAUGUUUUAUGUCAAAUUAAAAAAAAAAGAAAGAAAAAUAAACUAUUUCACUACUUACA